AUGAGCGAGCCUGCGCUUUCGUCAGCGGCUAUGAGCAGCAGCAUCGCGCCCACGGCCGACAAGCCGGGCCAGCUGGCCUCGGCAGCCAACAUCGCCAAGCCGUUCCAAGACGCCAUCACUCAGGCGACCGCGGCCCGGGCCUCUGCAGGCAAGAAGCUCGCCAAACUCGUCGGCAUUCUUGCCACUCCCAGCCCACCAAGCGUUGCUUAUGCCCAAUGGACAAAGAAGGCGUGCGAGCAGGUCGGCAUCGCAUUUGACAUCUGGAAGACGUGGGAGGACAAACCCGAAGAGGGCGCCUCUCCAGCCAUGGACGUUGACGAGGUCAAGAGACCAGAUUCUGAUCUCGAAGCAGACGUCGAGGACCUCAUCAUUGCCGCCAAUGCAAACGACGAUGUUCAUGGCAUCAUGGUAUACUACCCCAUCUUCGGCGGCAGACAGGACACUUAUCUCCAGCAGAUCGUCGACCCACGAAAGGACGUCGAGGGCCUGCAUUUCAGCUAUUGCUGGAACAUGUACCACAAUGUGCGGUGGGUGCUGCCCAAGCAGCUUGGCGGCGCGCCCGGCACGACAUCGGAGAUGCCCCCGGAUCGCGAGGGUGUCAACGACGACGAGAAUGUGCCACCAGGCUUUGCAAAGUCGAUCCUUCCCUGCACUCCCCUGGCUAUUGUCAAGUGCCUCGAGGCGAUGGGCGUCUACGACCGAACACUUCCCUACGGUGAUCGCCUGUACGGCAAAGUCAUCACCGUCAUCAACCGGUCCGAGGUCGUGGGUCGACCACUGGCCGCGUUGCUAAGCAACGACGGUGCGAAAGUGUACAGCGUCGACAUUGACUCGAUCCAAGAGUUCAACAAGCGAGCUGGCGCACCCACCCCUCAGCAAUCACACGCCACCGGCACACUCAGACCAUCGCAAGCCGUAAAAGCCGCAAGGGAGGCCAAUUCAUCAAGGAGACUGCGCCCACAUCACGUCGUACGGGGAUCCCCACUCUCGGUCCAGGAGUGCGUCAGCGCCUCUGAUGUUGUCAUCUCGGGUGUUCCCGCGGCCAGCUACAAGGUGCCCACGGACUGGAUCAAGCCAGGAGCAGUAACGGUCAACUUCAGCAGCGAGAAGAAUUUCGAGAAGGAUGUUCGAACCCGGGCCAGCAUACACCUGCCAUCGAUUGGCAAGACGACGAUUGCCAUGCUUCAAAGAAAUCUCUUGCGCCUGGUUGAAUACCGCGAGCUACAGGAAGUUGACGACGGUCGUCAUCUCCCGGCGGCGGCAGCAGUGGAGGAGGUGGUGGACCACCUUCGCAUUCACAACAACAAGGAGGAGGAGGCGGCGGUGGCGGAAAGUGGACUUCCUAUGCUCCCAGACGCGAGACCGCUCGCGAUCAGGGUGAGGCAAUGGCCGUAG